AUGGACCUUGAAACUAAUUGCAAUUGUCUAAGCACAAUAAACAACAUGUGGUCAAAUUAUGAGAGAAUUGGCAACGAGGGUAUUGUAUGUGUCAAUGAGUUUGUCAUUAGAACGAAGAUUAGAAAAUUGAAAAAAUGGUGGAAGAAAAUCAAGAGAGAAAGGACAAUUUUUAGAUCAUCCUCACCUGUGUUUCUAUAUGAUCCUAGCUCUUAUUUACAAAAUUUUGAUGAUGGUUAUUCCAAUGAUCCUGAUGAUUUUUCAAGAUCAUUCUCAGCUCGAUUUGCAGCACCAUCAUCAUCCAAGAUAUUUGAGAAGAACAUUGAAGUGGUUGAUGAGGAUGAAAUUAAUAUUGGAGAUACAUGA